AUGAUGUUUUCUCAGACGAUAUCCACACAGUGUGUUGGAAUAACGAUCCUGAUCGUUGCCGUGUUAGGUGAGAACGCUACAAACUACACGAUAUUAAGUAGAUAUUUCAGUUUGUACUUUCUAGCUCGGGCAUGUCUACUGCGGCAUUCUAACUCAAAUUCUCGUCACAAAAAUGGCACAACUUUUACACCUCAAUACGUCCCUUGUGUAAACUGAAUUGAUUUUUUAUAAACUCAUCUAAAGCAGAUAUUUAUGGUGAUGUUAAGUUUUAAGAGCACAGCACAAAUCUAAAUCAAAAUAGCAAUACCGUGGAUCGUUUGUUCAAAGGUCAUAGAUAGCCCGCAUAUGUGCUGGAGUUUCAAUAACAUGAGAGCCAGCUCGCUGACCAAACAGUCGGCGUUAAGAGGCCUUGUAGGUAGCGGUAGACCGUUGUUAACCGGCCGGAAUAUUUUUUAUUGAAACCCAGUAUUUGGAAAAUACACAGGUUUCCAAAUAAUAGGGGGUGUGACAAAUUAUUUUCGAUGAGUUUUCAGAGUAGACAUUUAUCGAAUCAAAAGGAGAUUAUUUCGUGUUGUGAGUGGAUAUCACUUUAUUCACCCGAGACAAGUUUUUAUCUACUCUUCUCCACCCCCCUGAGGGUCAGUUUGGGUUUAGCCGUAAAAAAUAAUAUGGCUUAUAUCUAGUAAUAUAAUUAAACUGAAAGUUUGAAAUAAAGACAGAGUGCUGUUUAUUCAAACAGAGCAGAAAAUUAGUUUAAACAUUUUAGCAUUGUCUGUUGCAUUAGGCGGAAGCUGGGUUUCAAUUGGUAAACAGGGGGCAAAGUCAGUCAAGCUCAUAGCUUCGUUGUUAUGUUUGUGCGUUUAGGUCCAAACGAAAAAAAAAAUUAGAGCCGUCCUUACGAGAAAGUUCCAACGAGGACGUCAAUCACUGUAAAAACUUUGCUCCUCUAGGCUCAAUAAACAAAAAACUAGAUGAGUCCUUGAAUGUGAACUGGCUCCUACUGAGUUUUUUGUGUGAUAUACUUACGAAACAUACGUUGCCAUAAGGAACUUCGAACCAUGACGUCAAUAAAUAAAUAAGUAAAAGUAACAUUCUUUUGAUCUAAAGUAAUAGAAAAUUAAAUAUCCUUCCGGAUGGGAACCUGGUAUUGUAGAGUCAGCCGUUGCGCCACUUCAAUUUACUACGGUUCAAUAAUGGAAAUCCGACUCGUUGUGUUUACCAGCUUUCUUCAGGAAAGACUCCAAUGAUUUCCUUUUUUAUCAAAAUUCUACGCUAAGGGGUUUGACUUUUAUCAACGAAAGCUAACACUCAAGUUUUACGAUUUCAUGUCUCGUUAACUAAGUGAGUUGCAUAUUAUUCAAAUCGACGGCGUCAUCAGAGCCCUUCCGUGUAUGAGCCUUUAAAUUCACGAUGAUUUCCGCUUAAACUGUCAAUUAAAACGUCGGACUUUUUUUUACUAACAACAGCCCUUCCACAAACAGGCCUAAGCAGAACGAUUUAGUUUGAGCCAGGCUAUCGGUUAUGGAAACUAUCAAAUUGCCGUUUAUCGCUUGCCUCGCCUGAUUUUCGAUCGUCUCUGCUAGAUGACAGAAUACUUCUGAAGUGACUUGAAAGUCAGAUAGCUGCCCCGAAUAGUUAUGAGACUCUGAACUAAUCGAGCGAAACGGGUGAAAAGUGGUAUGACAUGGUAUGUGUGUGGGAUUGGAGAACAGAACUUAACAGUGAUAUCAUUGUGCUGAAUACACGACAUACAAUGUAAGCUACAAUUAAGUUACUCCGUUCUUUUUUAAGUGUGUUUGGAAGAUCUUAGAGCUUAUACAAUCACCAGAUAUUGGAGGAAUCAAUUUUUGACUAUUUAACAACACUCAAUGUGAACUAGUGUUAUCAUUGGUCACAGAUGAACUCACCCCACACCCCUCCCCAGGUGUUAGUGUAAAAACCCAAAAACAAUCUUUUGAAUUCGCUUUCAGAAGGAGCAAGCUCUGCAGAUGCAAACGCCACCAGAGCAAAUGAGUGAGUCGUACUUAAGUUAUGAAGGAUUAUAUUUUGUCUCACGAUGUACAUUUACUCCCAUCUGUAUACCGCUGAUCUCAAACUUACUAUGAGGUCGACCGUGGUUACGUGUCGCGCGUUAUGAAGCGUUAUACUCUGCUGCGAUGGACUAGUUUUCAAAAGCUAUUAAUAGAGCAUUUCGAAGGUGUGUUCUCUGGUCACAGCUGUAGAAAAUCAAACAGUCAAAGUGAAGUAUAAUGCUUCUUAACGUACCCUAGACGAAGAUGAGCAUUGUGUAAUCGAAGAGAAAUGUGCAAAUCGUUGCUGCAGCCAAAAUGAAGACAGGAAUAAAUAAAGCGAUCAAUAUAUUUGGUUGCGAUUGCACAUCAAGGCCUCAUCCAUCGUGCUAGACGAGAGACAUCCACUCUCAGGCAGAGAUAUUACCUAUCAAAAGUGGUACCGUUUCAAAGACGUUCUUUUUUAAAAUUCUAUUCCUUUUUUUUUUCUGCUGAGCGGAGGAAAGCGCAAGGCGAGCGCUAAGAGCAAGACAAGCGCGAGGUUGGAUGCUCAAAAAGAUACCUCCCACCCUCAUUCCUAUGCCGCCGCCGCUCGCCCGCGGCGCGCUUGCCUUCGCCCGCCAGAAAAACGAAGAAAACAAAACCACGCCUGUUCUGCAGACCAAAAGCGGAUGAAUUCAGAAAUAAUUUUUUUUUUAAAAAUUGCCAUGCAUCCUAAUCUGACACAAAGACAGUGCUUUAGUGUACAAAACGCUUUGCUCUUCAUAUUUUUCAUGCGCAUGCCCAGGGAUGUACCGAGCAUUCCUGCCGCUAGUUUUAAGAUUUAUCCAGCCCCAGAAUUUUGAGGAUAAAGACUGCGUCCCAAAUUUAUACAGCGUAGCGUGAUCAGAGCCUAAAUCACGAGUUUUCGGUUUUCCUUAAGGGUUCAUAACGCUUAACACCCUCUUUUCAGAUGCCUCCCAGCGACGACGGGUAACAGGACCAAGCGGUCAGCAGUCUCAAAUGGGCUUCUUCGUAUACCAUACCAACUUUUCUUUCCAAACGGCUACUGCAAACACAUCCUUGGUUAUCAACCAGUCUACGGAAGAUAUUUAGCCGAGCUAUUUAAGAAUGAAAGAAAAAUGAAUCAAUUUCAGACAGCGAAGAACUUUGUUUUGCGGACUCGAAAUUCGACUGGCAAUAUCAAGUAUCAAAAAUCCAUCGACAACUCUUUCAAUGUGCGUCAGAGCUGUCUGGAUAUGGUGGACGAUGUGUACUGCCACCACUACUUUAAACGUUUCUACAUCGAUACUAAUCCUCAAUUUGUGUGCAGAGAAGCGUGCACAAAAAUGUUUUAUCACGACUGUGAUCGAGAAUAUAAGAUUGUGCUGAAGUUCACGGAGGAGAGACAGAAUACUUUUUACCCGUUCUACUUUGAUAUCAUAAACUGUACGCGGCUGCCAUCUAGGAACGAGUCUUCGCAGUGCUAUACUCCUGACAAGAUACGAGGUAAGUGAUGGGUCGUUAAAUAAAUGUAAUUACAGUCGACAAGAGAUUAUAAUCUCUUUCAGUCGAACCUAUAUUUAGCGGCACCGUCGGUUUUCAAAGUCCCGAAUUUGUUCCAUUUAAUUCAUGCAAUUUUCACCAGUAUUUAGCCGUCGUGGUUACCUUUGAGAGAGUCCCAACGGCCUGCUCAUACUAUCUUUUACCUGUAGUGAAGGGUCCCUGAUAGCGGAGCCACUCAAAUAAAACUAAUAAUCUUUCAGGCCAAAUUUAAUCCAUGUUUAUCUCCCAAAAUCAAUGUUAGUAGUAUUUUUGAGCGAGUUUUUGUACAUUAAGUGGUCAAUUUUGACAUAACAUGGCGUCUUUUCAAUUAAUUGGGUGCUGGGUGCUGCAAGUUUCAGAACUGGAAAGAUCGCAAUGUUUAAUCAAGCAACAUAUUAAUCAAACCCGGAUUACUUUCAACGCCCAAUUGAAAACUGUAGUACCGAGAAAAAAUAUAUCACUACCCUUUGCAUGACGCUAGAAAUGGUAAAAGUACCCUCUCCCUCAUUUCAAUCAGCACUGUUCUUUUGUGUCAAAGAUGCUAUCAUGAUUUAGUCACUUCUAGUCGACCGUGAUGAAACAAGACAGCGUCGUGUGAGCAGUAUAAGGGGGGUGAAGUAUAAGUGUAAUCUGAUGUUGAUUUGAAACAGGUUUUGGAAUCAUGUAGGUGUGGUACACGCCGUGCACCCUGUAAUCACGAGAAAGUUUCGUUGCAAAGGAUGAAUGUAAAUCUUACCGACCAAUUCUUUUUUUUCCUCUCCUUGUGGUUAGACAAAUUGGACGUGCUAGAGAGUGAAGGUAAGUCUCGAACUAAUUAACAAUUGGAUUAUGAGGAUGAGAUUUAAAUCGUUAUCUCAUGCACAGAAAUCGAGAGCAACCAUGAUAAUCUAUUUUUUUAAUUAUCCAUCUACUCAUUGCUCAAAAAAGCACAUAGAGGCUCGUUUUUACAUAUUUCUGGUUGUUUACAACUGCACACCGUUAUGCUCCUCACCUAACUCACUGUCCAUAUCGCGAAAAAGAUAACGAGUAGCUUAUAUAUUAGCCGAUCCGAUUGUAUCAUUUGCUAUUGAAUGCUAGGAGAUCUAUUUACCAUGAUGAAACCCAAACAUCUGAGAAUUAAGGGAAUAUCUGUUAUGAUUCACUUUACGAUAAGCAAAUGGGCUCAAAUACCUCGCUGCAUCCAGAGUUGCUUUACAGUGAUUCUAGAUUCGUUCGUUGACACGAUUUCGAAAGUCACAAGAGGACCCCGGGAGCCGUUUGCAUGGCGUGGUUCAGCCAUGAAGAAAAAUUGGCUCUCGUAAUACGUAAAUCAAUGUGGCUUAAGGAGCAGAGCAGAGCAGAACACUGAUGGAUUAUCUGAACUUUUUCAAGUCUACCUUUUUUCAAUGGACUUGAAACUUAACUCUCCAUAAUCUUGCCCGCUUCGCAGAUUGUUUCUAUGGUGAUGGACGUGGCUACCGUGGUAACAAAAGCGUCACAACAUCCGGGUUUUCAUGCCAGGCGUGGGAUUCUCAAUGUCCACACAAACACAACAUCAAUGGACAUCUUUACCAAGCGAUAAAUAACAGCGGAAAUUUCUGUCGUAAUCCGGGAGGAUUUGCUAAAGGUGGGCCGUGGUGUUUCACAACCAACAGGACCGUGCGAUGGGAGCACUGUGAUGUGCCUAGGUGUCCCAAACGACGUAAGUAUAACGAGACGACCUGAGUGUAUCGAAACGGCAAAAUUUACAGAGACAGCGAAAUGCUCUAGGGCGCUGCUAGAGCACUAAGACGAUGUCAAUGUGAUGAAACGACGUUUUUGCACUUAAACGACGAGGUGUGCUGUGACGAUGAAAUAUAUGUACUGAGAAGACGUAGCGUAUUGCCAGGAACACGACCAGAUGUACGUAGAGGCGGCGUAAGUGUUCGAGCACGACAAAAUGUACUGAGAUGACGCGAGUAUGUUUGAGUUGUCUCACAGAUGUCCUCUUCCUUGACCCAAGCGAGUAACAAAUGUUUUUUACGCAUUUUUAAUUCAAUGAUCAAGUUAGUUAUGAACUGUGUUGGUAGUCGAUCUAUCCCGGCCUUCUCAGAAAGUUUGAGUGGAUACUGCUUAUCGUAGCAGUAUACAUACACUUGUUAAUCGGUAUUUAACCUUGUAAUUGGACUUGAUUCUCUGUGGUCUAGUUCAAAAUCGGCGCCGACAACCUUUUUAAAAAUCUCUCUUUGCAUAAUCUAAUUGUUUUGUAGCACCUUCAAGCCCACCAGUCAACUUCCAUGGUCAUAACGUGAGCGCAACAAGCAUUUUCGUCAGCUGGGGAGAUGUUCCAAAGCCCUCUGCAAAUGGAGUACUUCUUGGGUACCACGCCUCUUGUAAGGCAGUUAAAUCCUCGGACAGUUAUUUCGCAGAGUUCUUGCCUGAAGAACAUCAUUGGAAACUGAAAGGUCUCAAAACUUUUGCUAAUUACAGUUGCUGGCUAAGAGCGUACAACAAUUACGGAAAUGGCACCUGGAGUGAGGAAUUGGUUAUUUCAACCGAUGAUGCUGGUAUGUUGCCCACAGGAAGUUGUGGUCAUUUAUUGAUGAGUUGUAAGCUUACAACUAUACAAAAAGAAUUUCGAGUUCGCAUGAGCCUCAUUACUCUUUGUGAUUGGUCCAGACAAAUCGUGCCAUAAGUGCAACAAAUCAGAUUCAAAAGUAGUACUAGUUGCGACUUGAUCCCUCGGGCAUGUCCCCGCUUAAGACAGUUUACAUCAAUGUUCUUGUGCUUGCUUUGAGUUCUCUGUUAUUUGCCCUCUGUGAUGCGUUUCUUAUCAUUGGUUACUGCGCUGUGAUUAUUGGUUCUGGAUUCAUCAUCAAUAAUCAUCUCAAUUAGGUCGGUUAAAGCCGGUUAGGCAGCACAGCAACUAUUUUCAUUAUAUUUUUGGAAGCAGUGAUGAGGAACAAUCAAGGAAAGUUACUUAGAAAAAGAUACUAGCCAUUACGUAAUAAAGAAUCGUUUCAACUCAUAACCAUAGUACCUUUUCUUGCUAUCAUUAUACAGCGCCUGCAGCUCCCCCACACUAUCUGAGCGCUAGGAACCUUAGCUCUACCAGUCUUCAGGUCCAGUGGGACCCAAUCCCUUUUGGGUUCCGGAAUGGAAAAAUACUUCAAUACCAAGUGAAAUAUAGCCAAUAUUCACUGACAAAACAGCGAGUCUCUACUACAAAUUACACAAAGAAAAGGUCACUCACGCUUGUCAACCUUAAGAAAUACAAGAAGUAUCUGAUUGAAGUGUCCGGGAUGACAAGAAAAGGCUUUGGACCCCCAGUUUCAACUGUGGUGCAAACUGAUGAAGAUGGUAAGGAUAACACAAAAAGUUACACACACAAACUAGCUAGAAAAUCAUAUUUAUCACUAUUUGAUAAAAAUGAUUAAGGCCCCCUCUACAUGGACGUGUUUCGUUACACCACGCCGAAGUGUCCAAAUGAUAAAAAAACAGUUUCAGAGGUGGACUCUUUCGAACAUGCAUCAUUUUGAAAACGCUAUACGAUUCCCCCUAAUGUAGAAAAGAGAAAAUGAAAACUUUUGAAAAUGGUACUGUACCCUGAAGCGUUAUUCAGUGUCGCUUCCAUUGGCGUUUCCGGAAAGUUUUAGUAUGGGUGAUAGGCGAAAAGCUGUUAAAAAUAGGUGCUCUACAAUACAUUAGAUAAGUGUUGGCUAGUUUGGGAAAAAUAUUUUACAUGGUUUUGGUUGACACGAAAACGGAACCUUUUAAAAACACAAUAGUGUGGCCGGGACCACACUAUUGCGUUUAUGGCACAGGGAAGGGAAGUGGAUAGAAUUUUCCAUCAGCAUGGUCCUUAAGUGUCCUUUGGAGGCAUUUGGGGUCUUACAAGGCUGUUAUAAUGACCAUUCCUUCUUGAAAAAGAAGGAAGGAGGUGUGGCUGUGGAUCUUCCGAUUAAUUCUCUAGGACUGGGCUACAGACGAAUGUUUAAGAACAAGGCCAUCGACUAGAUUCUCAUGAGAGAAGCGUCCUACAAGCUGCUAGAAUCAGCAGUGGAUGACUCACUUCUGACGUCUUUUCUAGUACCAGAUCGCCCUCCGUCAGACAUAACCGUGUCAGGCCUGAGCUCUAAAGUGAUUAAAAUCAUUUGGGGGCCAGUUCCUCAGGACUUCACAAAUGGUGAAAUACUUGGAUACAGAGUGCUCUACAACGAUACGUCAGUUGCUAAAAAUAAAUCAGUUUCUUCCAAUCAAACAUCUGUAGAGAUCCAUGGACUGAAACCUAACACCAGCUACAAUUUUCAUGUCCUUGCAUUUACAGCCAAGGGUGAUGGGGUAAAAAGCGCGGCCUACCUCGCAAAAACUUUAUCAGGUAUGUAAUACAUGAAAUUUCAACUUGCUAACAGUUAAUUGAAUUACUUUCUUCCUAACUGAAUGAUGGAAUUACUGACUGAUUGAUUGUAUACUGACUGACCGACUGACCAGCUGACCAUAUACGAACGGACAGACGGUCGCACGAAAGUACAGGUUGAUGGAUGGAUGAAGGUCUUAAUGAAUUAAUGUCUCUGAUCGACGGUUGACAGUUAAAAAAUUCUUUUUCCCGGUAUACGGUUAAUUUGUUGUCAUCAGGGCUUUUGUUUUUCAUUAAAAGAUACAGUUUUGCUAAUGUUUGAAUGAACCAAUUAAGCAAAAUUUUUCAAAUCAGAUUGAAAUUUCAGGGCCAAACCUGUUGAAAACGUCUACUAAUAAGUGGACCCUUUCAACUCGCUUAUACAGGAACUGUGGGAAGGAGGGGAUGAAAUGUUUAUACGGGCGCAGAACGUAAUCGUCCUGAUCACAAUCGUCCCUUACCGCUUUGUACGCCAACCACGCAAGUAAUUCUCCCAGUUAAUUUGAAUGAAAUCGCAUUCAUAUACUCACAGUUAAUCAAAUUCCAUCUCUUAACUAACCAGUUAAUUUACUCUUUCCGGCAGAGAAAUCCAACAGUGGCCCAAGUUCGAGAUCAUCACAGGGUUCAAACGGUAACAGAGAAACUACUGCAUGGAGAUGUUUACUACUGCUUACUGUUAUGAUGUCAAAAGUUUGACAAUUAGGCGUCCGUAACAAUGUCCUCUUUCUAACCCAAAUUUUGCUUUUAGUCUUUUGAAAUUUGAUCCAUUUAACGAUCUAGUUGCACCGCUCAAGGACAGUUCAGCUGAUUCUUUAACGCACAGAGCUUUGACGGGAAAAAUGUUUGAAUAACAAUAUCAUAUGAAAAGGCGAAAGAUGAAAUUAUUCGCACCUACCAGAAACUGACAAUAAUAACAGCGGCUCGGCCGGCAAAUGAGUUCACAUCUUAUUAAUUUUUCAAUUGGUAUGAUACAAUAUGACACCAUUUAAGUGUAAGGUAAGGUUAGGUCAUCGUUUAAAGUUCACUAAAUGUUGAUAAAGAAAGGGUGAGGUCAUUCGCUCGAUAGGCAGGCACUGCACGGGAAAGGAGCCCGUGAUCGAGACUGAGUAGUGGAUAAUCGAAAAAACGAGCCUCAAGAAGUCACUGAUGAAUGAAAAUCUCGUUCAGCCAAUCAGAUUCAAGAAUAAGCGUUUGUUUGAAAGUUUGUUUUUAAUUACAUAAAAAGCGGUUUUCGAUUGAGUGUCUACAAUUGCACAAUUGCUUUGGUACUUAACUAUGCUCUGCGACUGAGUCAAAAAAAGCUUCAACUGAUGACUUAAUUAUAUGCAAAACAUAAACCAAUCGCGACAUAGGCUCGUUUUCACUUGCCUGGUGCCGCUCUCGUUCGCCCUUUUAAACUUUUUUUCGUUUUUCUGACAGGCGUGAGCUUCUGAACCAAUCAAAAGGCGUAGUUAAGAAAAAAAUAAAUGCGAUCCCAGAAAACUUUCGACAAUCAAUUUAAAGUUGCUGUGAGAAGAGUAACCGAUUAGAUGGAGUCUUAAAAUAACUGCCUUGUCUUCUCCACGGUUUUUUACAGUGGGCAUCAUUGUGAGUUCUGUGUUUGCUGGAUCCAUUGCUUUUGGAGCAGUUUUUUUAAUGGUCUACUUUUUCCGUAAAAAAAGGAUAGCAGCAGUAAAUAACGACGGUGAAAACGGUAGGAUGAUUAUUGAUUCUUUACGCAUGAAUAACUCCCUGCCCCUUGGGACCAAUAGGGGGGGAGGGGUGGACAAUUUUUCGGAGAAUCAUUUGGUUUUCAGGGGAACAGAGGGGGGAUCAGUCGUCGCCAACAGAAUAUAAAAGAAGGGGCUAUAAAAAUAAUCAACUGACUGCCUAUGAACUGCCAAUGAGGGGGGAGAUCCAAAGAAUAUUUCAGAGCCCUAUGGCAGGAUCAGGUAAAUUUUAUCUCCACACAGGUCCUCCAACCCGGGAUAAAUGUUAUUUAAACAUCAAUAAAAAGCGAAGCGAAAGUGAAUGGUACAUCAUUUCUCGCAGCUGAGAAUUCGAUUUGGCACUUUAAGCCGAGGGUUCGAAGUUGUGGAAAAGGGGAAUUAUGAAAGUAUUGAAUCAGUAUCUGGGCAAUUGCCCACCUACCCCUUGUUAAUUGAUAACAAGUUAGGGUUAACGUUGGGUUAGGGGAGGGGUAGGUGGGCAGUUGCCCAGAUACUGAUAUUGAUCCAAAGUAUUCAACUGCACCCAAAUAGAGAGCGCCAUCUCUCAAAACAUACGCCCUAACACUGUAUGGUUAGUUGCAAUGUUUUUAAGUCACCCCCAGUGUCAUAGAAGACUGUUAAUACCAGAAGUGACCGCUACGUGACUAAAUUCUAAGUUCAUCCCGGGUGAUACAAGUGAUGUGAAGAAACGCGAGAAAACGCGAGUGACCAAGUCGUGGUUUUAGAUUUGAAUCUGAUUGGUCGAGAGGAUGGCGUGAAUUUUCUGAACCAAUUACAGAGCGGAGCGGGGAAUAAAACCAAUGCAAUCGUUCAAACUCGAUUAAAACUUGUGGUAUGGAAAGACAUUGAAAACGGACCGAGAAUGAUUUGGGACGGAGGAGAUCAACACGGAUUUUAAUGACAAACUCGAGAUGUAAAAGCCGUUACAAGGCUCGUUCAAAUGCCCUCACUUUGUAAGUGACACCAUUACUUUGCAGGACUGUUAUUUAACAUGUUCGCCUUUGCCCUCGCUUCCUUUUCAGGUAUUGGUUGUCCAGUGACACCAUAUGCCGUCUCCUCCGUUAAUUGGUUAGAAAACGUCAUCAACACCCAAGUACACGGAUAUGAGACGAUAGAUGAUGAUAACGUCCCCUGCGGUAAUGGCCGACCACGUUACAUCAACAUCAAUCCUGACGGUUCGCUCAACCUUCCACCACACUUACGGGAUAUGGUUAUCCACUUCGAGCAACUCUACGAGAACACAAGUUACAAGCAUCUACGACGGUUUGGAAGGCGAAGAUCACUUGGAGGGGCAGAGGAUCGGCUUGGACACCCCAUCUACGACAAGCUGCAACGGGCGAUUUCUUCAAAUACCCCAAGCCAGGGUGGAGGAUGCAGACAACAGGUGCAGGCGACAAUAACUCCAACAAAGCAACACAGGGAAAAUCACUCGGUAGAUUUGGGUGAGUUACGUCGCUUUGCUAAGGAUCUUCAGAGCGACAUGGAAAUGACAGAAGUGGUUUCUACCAAAACCCAAAAGCGACGGCGCCAUUUCUCCGUAGAUCUGGGUCAAGUGCGAGAGUUUAUUGCUCUCACAGAGAUCAACAGCUCCGCUGAAGAGGAGAAUAACGCUUUAACCUACAAGCCGGAAAUGAAACAAACAAAUGACAACGAAGCGCUGUGUUAGCUGUUUGAAACUGGACAGACAAACUCACUAAAUCACAAAGAUCAACUUCUCCAAAGUGGUGACUGAAAAAAACCAAAGUCAAAGUAAAGUCAAAAUAAAAAAAAAUCUAUGUUAUCAAACUGGGGCGGAAACACAGUUCCUAGUCGAAGAGUGUUUAAGACCCUUUUUGUCUCAUAAACUGUUCAAAUGUUUUCGUGAUAAAGUCGCCUAGAAGCUGCUAAGUUUAUACACUUGCUAAAAACAACUUUUUUUCUCUUUUUCAUUAGAACACAGCUGUCGCUUCAUGUUGCCUGCUCGCGCAGCCAGCUAAACACUGUCAUUUUGCAUCAACGUAAAGUUUUUCAAUAGUCUGUAUUUAAUACUAUUCUUCAUGACAAAUCUUCAAUUUCAGUCGCCAUUUCAGAGAAAUGUCGCGCAAUUCAAGUAGUUUGUAUAUCGGAUUGUAAGUGAUUAGAAACGUAAUGUAAGAGAGUAAUGCAUCGCAAGUGAGUUUGAGCCCUUUUUAAUUGUCAGUUUGUAGUUACAUUCAUACCUACCUAAAAAGCCAUGGUGCGGGAAUCAUCCCGCGGUUGCAGGAAGUCACAACCGCAUUCGGUGGCUUUCGGUUUUUUAGUGUUUAGUGAUGGUUUUGGUGGUGGUUAGAUGCCACGGUAAAAAAAAGUGUAUAUAUGUUCUCUUUUGAGGAGAACGUGAAGAUGGAGAACAGUUAAAGAAAAUUUCACUUUCACAAGUGGAAAUGACUUCUUAGAAAGAAGUCUAUUCAUAAGCUUUCUUCUAGAGAAACUUUUUAAUUUUCUCACAAUUAGAAAUUGAUUCCAUUUUACACAUGUUAUCAAACAAAAAGCAAACGCUUCAGAAAGCUAGGUUGGCAAUUUUAGCUAACGGCCGACUCCUAAAAAAAGCCCUGAGUAAUCACCAGCAAAAAAUGAAAUUGACUUCGUUCUUAUGUGCAAUUGAUUGAAUACAAAAUUAACGACUGUCCAUCAUCCUUUGAUGGUCAAUGCUUGUAUUAAAUUUCCCUGAUUAGUAGGAGUAUUGAGUUUGCGAAAAAGUUUUGAUUCCACGAAAUAUUUUACAAGAAUAUUUUUCUAUUCCAUGAAAACUAACGUUCAACCUCUUCUCAUGGGUCACGUGAUUGUUGUUAGACAGACUUGUUUAUUUGUUAUCACCAAUGUAAUUCUCAUUGAAAGAUAGGCAUGCUCCUAAUUCCCUAGAAAUGUUAUCUUUACCAUUUAAGUGUGCA